UGAAGGUAACAGUUUGAUAGACACUGGACUCUGUGAUGCAUAAGUGAAUUGCAGUGUCUGUACGUCACUCGUGAGGCUUGUGCAUGGAGAUGAGACCUUCACUCGCCACUGCAUGGACAUGGGCAAAGAAAGGGUGACUGGAUGGUGGAAUGGUGAUGAAGUCUAACCCGUGGGGCAUUAUGCUACCUCUAUCCAGUUUCUCUCUCCUCCUCCAUUUCCUUCUCUUGUUCUUCCUUCUUUGUCUCCCCCCAAGCCAUGCCCAGUUCCUGCAAGAGUCCCGGGCAGCACCAGGCCUGCUACUCUUCACUCAGCCUGCCUAUAAUGCUUCCAUCUUUGAAAAUUCUGCAGCAAGAACCUAUACCAGGAGUGAGGUCAAAAUGGGCAUCAUUCUCGGGCCACCUCGUUCUUUAGAUAUUAAAUAUUCCAUUGAGUCUGGAGACAAUGAGGGAAUCUUCCAGGCUGAGGAGUUUGUAAUGGGAGACUUUUGUUUCCUCCGUUUACGCACUAAUGGAGACAGUGGUGCCAUCCUGAAUCGAGAAGUACAAGACAAUUACACACUAAUAGUGAAGGCGUCCGCUCAUGGAGGCUUAGAGGCUUUAGCCACAGUUUAUAUCAAGGUCCUGGAUACCAAUGAUCUCCGACCUCUCUUUUCUCCCACCUCCUAUUCCGUCGUUGUACCUGAGAGUGCACCUCUGGGAGCCAGUAUAGGACGUGUAACAGCCACCGAUGCUGAUGUGGGCUCCAAUGGAGAAUUCUAUUACUUCUUUAAGAACAAAGUGGGAUUCUUUGCUGUUCACCCGACCAGCGGGGUCAUCACCCUAACCCGCCAACCCAGGAUGGAAAAACAAAACCGUUUUGAGCUGGAGGUGCAGGUCGUCGACAGAGGGAUGAAACUUUAUGGGAACAAUGGCGUCAGCAGUACAGCUAAGUUGGUUCUAACUGUGGAGCGAGUCAAUAAUUUUGCUCCUAUUCUCACUGCAACUGCUGUCACUCCGUCAUGGUCAGAUAAGGACCCAGUCUAUGCUGUGGUGACAGUGGAGGAUAAAGAUGAGGGUGUAGCUGGGGAUAUAGAGUGGGUAUCCAUAAUUGAAGGUGACCCCUUAGAGCAGUUUGUGGUCGAUCGGUCACCAGUUAGUAAUAAGUAUAUGGUUAAAACAUCAGAAUUAGUGGACUGGGAUAAAUUCCCCUAUGGUUGUAACUUGACCUUCCAGGCUAAAGAUAGAGGCAUACCUCCAAAGUUUUCUAAUACUGAAGUUGUUCAGUUGUUGGUGAAAAAGCCAGAGCCACUAGCGGUUAAGUUUGAGAAACAUGUUUAUGUAGUCAAGCUGAGUGAGAUAGCUCCCCCAGGCACUAUUGUAGAGGUGGUGAAACUCUUUCCGGCUCCUUUGAGUGUCAAUUACAGCUUCAGUGGUGCCUCAGAUCCAGUGUACUUUGAUAUAAACCCUUUGACUGGAGUUAUCAUGACCACAAGGCAGUUGACAACAAUAUCGCAGAAUGUUGUGGAGAUAGAGGUGGUGGAUUUUAUCAGUCAGCAACAAACAAAGCUCCAAAUCACCAUAGAAGAUGCUAAUGACAACACACCAGUAUUUACCAGGCCAUUCUUUGACAUUGCCAUUAAUGAAAGCUUACCAGUCGACACAGUUGUUCUUGUGGUGUCUGCUGUGGACAGUGAUAAAGGAGAGAAUGGGUAUAUAAUCCACACAAUCAGCGGUGUAGAGUCUCUCCCAUUCACCAUUGACCAGGACACAGGAGAGGUGAAGAUCACUAGAGAACUUGACUUUGAGACAUCAGCGGAUAUUUAUACAUUUGCUGUGCGCGCCUCUGAUUGGGGUUCACCCUACAGAAGGGAGAAUGAGGUCAAUGUCACAAUUCGGCUGAUUAAUAUCAAUGACAAUCAGCCUCUUUUCGAAAGAGUGUCCUGCAGGGGGAUGAUAAGCCGUGAUUUCCCUGUCGGCCAGACUAUUGUUACACUGUCUGCUAUAGACAUGGAUGAGCUGGGAAUGGUGAAGUACAAGAUACUGUCUGGUAACGAACUGGACUUCUUUAUUUUGAACUCUGAUUCUGGGGCUUUGUCAUUGAAAAGAUCCGUAGCAGUGGCUAAUCCAAAAAGUGGUUUAUUCAACCUGAAGAUAGUUGCAACAGAUGGAGAGAUCCCCUCUGACCCUACAUUUGUGAAUAUAUCUGUUAUAAGGGGUAGGAUGCCAACCAGGGGAUUUAACUGCAAGGACACCAGGGUAGCACAGCUCCUGGCCGAAAAAAUGAUCACAAAGGCCUCUGCUAUGGCUAAGAUGACACUUGAUGUGAGCUAUACAGACCUUUUCUCACUAAACAAACAGGCUCCACAGUUUGAAGCUUUGCCUACCAGUAUUCUAGUGAGGGAAGACCUUGCAGCUGGUGCCAGCGUGUUUCAGGUGAGAGCGCGAGAUGAGGACACAGGCUUCAACGGUCGUGUUCUCUUUUCCAUAUCUGAUGGCAACAAAGAAAACUGUUUCAACAUCAACAUGGACAGCGGUUUGAUAACAGUAUUACAGCCACUUGACCGUGAGAGAUCGGAUCGUUACUUCCUCAACAUCACUAUUUAUGACCAGGGCCUCCCUCGGAUGUCUAAUUGGAGACUACUGACAGUGAUAAUUGAGGAUGCAAACGACAAUGCCCCCCAAUUCUUUCAGAACAGUUACUCUGCUCUUGUUUCAGAAAACACUGCAGUUGGUAUGGAAGUAAUCACCGUCACUGCGUUUGACAAUGACAUAGGUCAAAAUGGACAGCUGUCUUACACAAUGCUGACAAGUGUCCCGCAGUUUGGCAUCGACAGAGAGACUGGAGGUGUAUUUGUGGCCAGCCAGCUGGACAGGGAAACCUACCCAAUUUUCAUCCUGAAGAUUGAGGCCAGAGACAAGGCUGAAAGGGGCACGCAGAGGUCGUCAGUAACUACGCUAAGCAUUAUAGUGGAUGAUGUCAAUGAUUGUGCCCCAGCUUUCAUCCCCAGCAGCUACAGCGCUAAAGUGCUGGAGGAUCUCCCACCAGGGGCUGUGAUCACAUGGGUGCAGGCUCAGGAUCCAGACCUUGGCACUGGUGGGCAGGUCCGAUACUCUCUGAAAAAUGACUUCAAUGGUACUUUUGAGGUGGAUGCUGUGAGUGGUGUGCUGAGGAUUGGGAAGGAGCUAGACUAUGAAAAACAACAAUUCUUCAAUCUAACAUUAUUGGCUGAAGACAGGGGCAUGCCCGUUCUCCAGUCUCAGACAUUUGUGGAGGUGGAGGUGGUGGAUGUCAAUGAGAAUCUGUACGCACCCUACUUCUCUGACUUUGCUGUGAGAGGCAUGGUGAAGGAGAACUCUCGCACCGGCACAAGCGUCCUGACAGUCAGCGCGAAGGACGACGACAAGGGAAGGGAUGGCGUGUUGAGGUACUCUGUUGGAGGAGGCAGCAGUCUGGGCACUUUCUCCAUUGAUGAAGACACAGGAGUGAUUUACACUGCUGGUAUCCUGGACUGCGAGACCAAAGACUCCUACUGGCUCACAGUCUAUGCUACAGACAGAGGGGUUACACCUCUGUCAGCCUCUAUUGAAGUCUUCAUUCAGGUAGAAGAUGUCAAUGACAAUGCUCCUCUGACCUCUGAUCCUAUCUACCAUCCAGUUGUCAUGGAGAACUCUCCAAAGGAUGUGUCAGUCAUCCAUAUCCAGGCACAGGACCCAGACCUCACAGCCACACCUAGCCGCUUGAGUUAUCGCAUCACUGCUGGCAACCCGCAGAACUUCUUCUCUAUCAACCCCAAAACAGGGCUGAUCACAACAACUGCAAGGAAGCUGGACAGAGAACAACAGGCUGAGCACUUCUUAGAGGUAACAGUGAUCGACGGUCCAGUGACCACUCGCCAGUCUACGGUGUGGGUCAUAGUUCACAUCGAGGAUGAGAAUGACAACCCGCCGACCUUCCCAGAGGUCACCUACCGUAUCAGCCUGCCUGAACGUGACCGCAACAAGCGUGGCGACCCAGUCUACCGUGUGUUUGCCUAUGACCGUGACCUGGGAGCCAAUGGCAACAUCACCUACAGUAUUGUGGAGGGAAACGAAGAUGAAAAGUUCACCAUCGACCCGAGGACUGCCAUGGUGUCAUCAAAGAAGAUGGUUACAGCAGGAAGUUUUGACAUCCUCACGAUAAAAGCCGAGGACGGCGGUGAUCCCCCACUGUGGUCCACCGUCACACUCCAAGUAGAGUGGGUCCGCAAGCCCGUCCCAUCGCCUCUGCCCCUGCUCUUCACCCAGAGAUACUACAAUUUCUCUAUUUCGGAGACAGCGGCUGUGGCUCAGCCUGUGGGAGUGGUCGCUGUCCGUCAGUCCAGCACACCUGUCUGGUUCGACAUCAUUGGAGGAAGACUUGCCAAAGAUGUGUUCUACAUUCCACAGAACGCAUGUGGAAGGAACUGCUCACUUGACACAGGGAGCUUUGACAUGCAGUUUGACCUUCAAAUGGGGAUGGGGACGAUAGUCGUGGCCAGGCCACUGGAUGCAGAGGUGCAGUCUGUCUACAACAUGACUAUCCAGGUGACAGAUGGGACCAACUUUGCCACUGCACAGGUGUUCAUUCGAAUCCUAGACAGCAAUGACAACCCUCCAAUCUUCUCCCAGCCUGCCUAUGAUGUCAGUGUCUCAGAGGACAUACCAGCAGACAUGGAGCUGCUGCGUGUAAGAGCGUCCGACAUGGAUGACCGUUCUCGUUUGAGUUUCUCCAUCUAUGGCAGUGUGGACCCAGCCAGUAUGAGACUGUUCAGGGUCAACCCUGGCACGGGAGUUGUUUACACUGCAGACAGGCUGGACUAUGAGGCCAGAACACAGCACAUCCUCACUAUUAUGGUCAAGGAUCAGGAAUUUCCAUUUAACCGUGACCUGGCACGCAUCCUAGUGGCAGUGGAGGACUCCAAUGAUAACAUCCCCUACUUCACUAGCACUUUGUAUGAUGCUGUGGCCUAUGAGUCAUCUCCCGUAGGCACCUCUGUAGUGCAAGUGACAGCCCUCGACAAAGACAAUGGAAUCAAUGGACUUCUCUCCUAUACUAUAGAAGCAGGUAACACCGGUGGUGUGUUUGGCAUAGAUAAUGCUACCGGCCUUAUCUUCAUUGCCCGGGAUCUGGACCUGACCUCAGUGGGCUUUUACAUCCUCACUGUGCGGGUCACCGAUAGUGGAUUUCCUUCACUAAUGGCCACAGCCUCCGUCCGCAUUUCAUUGGUGCUCUCUGACAUCUCCAAACCCAAAUUCUCUCAGAGAGAAUAUCAGGCUGAGAUAAUGGAAAACAGCACCACUGGAGCACACGUUAUGACCGUUAGCGCCCUCAGCCGUUCAGCACUCAUUUAUGAUAUCACCAGAGGCAACGAGGAAAACUGCUUCUCUAUUAACCAUCAUACUGGUGUCAUCAGCACACGCAAACUACUUGACUUUGAGCAAACUGCAUCCUAUUUUCUGGUGGUGCGCGCUUUGAGCAUGGCAGGAGUGGAAGCCAGCACCACUGUCAUUGUCCAGGUGGGGGAUAUCAAUGACAACCCACCUGUCUUCCAACAAAUCAGAUAUGUGGGUGUGAUCAGUGAGGCUGCUCCAGUCAACAGUGUGGUCCUAGGAGAGGAUGGCAACCCUCUAGUCAUCCAGGCCUCUGAUAAGGACCGCAACUACAACGCCUUGUUAGUGUUCCAGAUCAUAGAUGAGACUGCUCGCAUGUUUUUUAGUGUCGAUUCAGGAACUGGAUCGAUUCGAACAAUUGCCACUCUGGACUAUGAGACCUUCUCUGAGUUCCUCUUCCGGGUUCAUGUGAGAGACAGUGGUCAACCUCCUAUGACUGCUGACAGCCCAGCAGAGGUGGUUAUAAAGGUGAUCAACAUCAACGAUUCGCCUCCAAAGUUCUUCCAGGACUCUUACGAGACAAUACUUCUGCUUCCAACCUACAUGGGGGUUGAGGUUCUUAGGGUGGAGGCCUCAGACCCUGACCUCAGCAUGAACCCUGACAUGUCCAUUACCUCCCAACUUGUCUACUCCAUGGUGGACAACAAUUUGGAGUAUUUCUCUGUCGAGCGUUCCACUGGUGUUGUGACUGUCAUCAACCCGAACCUCAACAAAGACCGGUAUCGCUUCAGUGUGAAGGUAUGGGAUGGACGUUACUUCAGCAUCACGUUAAUCACAGUACUUGUCCGAGAGGCUAUGGACAAUGGCCUCCUCUUCACCUUCCCCAUCUAUUCUGCCUCUAUCCCGGAGAACAUAGCCAACAUUAGCAUAGUGACUGUCAUCAAUGCAGUUGGCCAUCGUCUCAAUGAGCCACUUAAGUAUGCUCUCUUGAACCCUGGUGGGCGAUUCACAAUUCGUCCAACCUCUGGAGUGGUGCUGACCACUGGGGUGCCUUUUGACCGAGAGGAGCAGGAGAGUUAUGAGCUGGUUGUGGAGGCCAGCAGAGAGACUGAGAUACUGAGGGUGGCGAGGGUCACUGUACAAAUACAGGUGGAGGAUGUGAAUGACAAUUCUCCAGAGUUCGUGAACCUCCCCUACUAUGCUGCCGUGCAAGUGGAAGCACAGCCGGGAUCAGCUAUAUUCAGGGUCUCAGCCACAGAUCAAGACUAUGGUCUGAAUGGAGAAGUGACUUACCGCCUCAAGGAGCAGCACAAGAACUUUCAAGUGAACCCUGUGACAGGAGAGCUGACCUUGAAGAGGGCAUUUGAGGCAGACUUAUCCAACGCUGAGUACAAGGUGGUCAUUGUAGCCACUGACGGUGGCCUCCCACCCCUCUCCAGUGAGGUCGAGCUGCCUGUCACUGUGGUAAAUAAAGCCAUGCCAGUGUUUGACAAGCCUUUCUAUGGUGUCACUGUCAGAGAGGACGUGCUCGUCUCCACCCCCGUCCUGUGCAUCAAUGCCACCAGUCCUGAAGGACAGAGUGUCAUCUAUACCAUCACAGAUGGAGACCCCUCCCUCCAGUUUGACAUUGGCUUUGACACAGGAGUCAUAAGUGUGAUUUACCCCUUAGACUAUGAGAGCAUCCAGUACUACCGGUUAACGGUGAAGGCUACAGAUACAUUAACUGGGGCCAGGUCUGAGGUAGAUGUGGAUAUCGCCGUGCUAGAUGUGAAUGACAGCCCACCAUUGUUCCAGAAUACUUCAUACUCCACGUUGCUGGCUGAGAACUCCAUGAUUGGAACAGCUGUGUUGCAGGUGUUUGCUCUGGAUCAAGACUCAGAGAAGAACGCUGUGGUGACUUACCAGAUCCUGUCUGACAUCUACAAUAGCACUGACUACUUCCACAUCGACAGUAACAGCGGUCUGGUGUUCACUGCACGUAUGCUUGACUAUGAGCUCACCCAGCGCCACAACUUCAUCAUUAGAGCAACAGACAGUGGGGACCCUCCCCUCAGCAGUGAUGUUAGUGUCACUGUAAUUGUUACUGACACAAACGACAACCCACCGAACUUCAGCCAAGCGCUGUAUGAGACUUAUGUGAGUGAGCUGGCUCCUCGAGGACACUUUGUGACCUGUGUUCAGGCGUCGGAUGCUGACAUUUGUGAUGCAAAUAGGCUGAGGUACAGUAUUCUGUCUGGAAACGAGAGGAUGACUUUUAUGAUCGAGCCGGAUACAGGGGUGCUCAGUCUGUCUAACAAGAGGAGGCAGAUCAUGAAGCCAUCUUAUCGUCUCAAUGUUUCAGUGUCAGAUGGAGUCUUCACCAACACUGCUCAGGUGAGUGUGCGAGUACUGGGAGCUAACCUGUAUAGUCCAGUGUUCAGCCAGAGGUUCUACCUGGCCGAGGUCAGAGAAAAUGCCCCACCUGGCUCACGGGUCAUUCAGGUGCGUGCAACAGACGAGGACUCUGGGCUGUUUGGCCAGAUCACCUACUCCUUCAUCAAUGACCUGGGAAAGGCUCAGUUCACCAUUGACGCCGAUGGAGUCAUAUCCACUGCCCAGAAAUUAGACAGAGAGAACCCCCUUAACAAGGACAUGGUGCUUACUAUUAUGGCCCUGGAUGGUGGAGGCCGUGCGUCCUUUUGCACAGUACGUGUGGUCCUGGCCGAUGAGAAUGACAAUGCCCCUCGGUUCAGAGCAGUAGAGUACCGCAUGAGCAUCAAAGCUAACGUGGCCACGGGCUCUCUGGUCACGCAGAUCCAGGCCAGUGACCCUGACGCCGGACCCAACGGAAGGGUCACCUACUCCCUUUACAGCGAGGCACGCCUGUCACUGGUUGACGUGCUGGAGGUGGAGCCAGACAGCGGAUGGAUGAUGACCAAAAGUGCUGUGGACCACCUCCAGGGGACUGUGCUGUCCUUCUUUGUCAAAGCCACUGACUGUGGUUCGCCUGCCAAGCACUCCCUGGUGUCAGCCUUCAUCCAUGUCCUCCCUCCAGAUGUCUUUGUUCCCUCCUUCAGCCAGCCACAGUACUCCUUCACCAUCCCUGAGGACACAGCAGUGGGCACAGUCCUGGGCUCUGUCUACUUGGCUCCUGGACAGACCGGCUUCUUCACCUCAGUUGGAGGGGAGACGCUGGACAGCAACCAGGGAGGAACGUUCCUGGUGGAGAGGGACUCAGGUCUGAUCUGCGUGGUCAAGCCUCUAGACUAUGAGCAGGUCAACAUCUUCCGUUUCAAGGUUUCAGCUACAACAAGAAAAGACCUGAUAGAGUCUGUGUCCACGGUGGACCUGGAGGUUAAGAUCCUAGAUGUGAAUGACAAUAAGCCAGCGUUUGAGACUAACACCUAUGUUGCCACGGUGAUGGAGGGUAUGCCAGUGGGGACAAGAGUAGUCCAAGUUCGUGCACUUGAUCCAGACUGGGGCUCCAAUGGACAGGUAACCUACAGCCUUGGACCUCUGCUCAGCCAGAACGUGGAGCUGAAAAGCACUACCCCCUCCAGCGGGCCAAUCACUACUAGUUCUGUCUUUACCAUCGACAGCAAAACAGGCUGGAUUACGACAGUGAGCCAGAUGGACCAUGAGGCCUGUUCCAGCUACAGCUUUGAAGUCGUGGCCUCUGACUUGGGUGAGGUGCUGUCGCUGUCCUCCACCACAGUAGUGACCAUCACGGUGUCGGACAUUAACGACAACCCGCCACGGUUUGAGAGGGAGUAUUACCGGGGUGCGGUAAAGGAGAGCGACCCCCUUGGUGAAGUGGUGGCUAUUCUGAACACCAAGGAUGAUGAUGGUACAGAUCAGAAUCGACUCGUCAGCUUUCACAUUACAGGAGGAAACCCACGCGGCGUGUUUGGAUUGGCCCGUGUGCAAGGGGAGUGGAAGGUGUAUGUGAGCGGCCUGCUGGACCGCGAGCUGCAGGACUGGUAUCUGCUCAACAUCACAGCUAGCGAUGGCUUAUAUGUCACCAGCACUGUUGUGGAGGUUACUGUUAUGGAUGCCAACGACAACAGUCCCAUCUGCAACCAGGCGGUGUAUAGUGCCUCUUUUCCUGAGGACAUCCCCACUAACAAGGGCAUACUGACAGUGGGCGCAACAGAUGCUGACUCAGGCUCCAGCGCAGAGAUCCAAUAUUCACUGUUUGGCAUAGGCGUCGAAGACUUCUACAUGGACGCAAACACUGGUGAAUUGCGGACAGCCACAGUAAUGGAUCGGGAAAAGACAGCCAGCUACAAACUCAUUGCACAGGCAACUGAUGGAGGUGGGCUCUUCUGUCGCUCUGAAAUUUUUCUCAAGCUAUUGGAUGUGAAUGACAACGCCCCCGCUUUUUCAUCCACCCAAUACAUGACUAGUGUUUAUGAGAAUGCCAGUCCCAAGGCCCUUCUCACCCGGCUGCAAGCAAGUGACCCUGAUGAAGGUCUGAACCGCACAGUGGUCUACUCUCUGGUGGAUUCAGCUAAAGGAUUUUUCUCCAUUGAUUUGGCAUCUGGGGUAGUGAUUCUGGAGAAACCCCUUGAUCGAGAGAUGCGAGACUCUUACCGGCUUCGUGUCCAGGCAGCAGACCAAGCAGGGCAACUGGGGUCGCUGUCCUCACAGGUUGAUUUGACUGUUUUGGUCUUGGAUGUGAAUGACAACGCUCCGGUCUUCCAGAGGAGAGACUAUGCUGUCACUGUCCCUGAGGAUGUAGCCGUCGGGACGGAGGUGUUGCGUGUAUUGGCCACUAGUGUUGAUAUUGGGCCUAACGCUGACAUCACCUACAGCAUCCGCUCUGGCAACGAGCUGGGCAAGUUCACCAUCGACAGGAGCCUGGGCUCUAUUUCUGUUGCCGACGAUCUGGAUUUUGAGGUGUGUAAAGACUACUACCUAACUAUUGAGGCUUGGGACAGCGGAUCCCCUCCUCUUAGCACUGCUACCAUGGUAACCAUUGAACUCAUGGAUGUCAAUGACAAUGCUCCGGCCUUCAGUCAGGAUAUCUACAAUGUUUUGGUCAGCGAGGAUGCAUCUGUUGGACAGACAAUUACCAGGUUGCUGGCAGAAGACCUGGACAGCCAGGUGAACGGACGAAUCACCUACUCUAUACUGAAGGGUGACCGCAGCAACCAGUUCUGGAUUGACCCUGUAUCAGGCCUGCUCAAAGUCAAUAAGCGUCUCGACCGAGAACUAGUGUCCAGAUACUCUCUGUCAGUGCAGGCGUUCGACAGUGGCUCUCCUGCCAUGUCCUCCACUGUUACUGUUAACAUCGACAUCUCUGAUGUUAAUGACAACUCCCCUGUCUUCUCCCCUCCCAACUCCUCAGCCAUCAUACAGCUAAACCAACCUGCUGGUGCCACCAUUCUGAAACUGUCAGUCAGCGAUAAAGACUCCUCUAGAAAUGGCCCUCCGUUUGAGUUUUGCAUUGUGUCUGGAAAUGACGGCAAUUUCUUCUCUAUCGACCAGACGGGAACUUUGAGGUCCAACAGUGUAUUUGGACCUGAGGCACCCAGGGAGUUCACCCUAGAAAUCCAGGCCAGUGACUCUGGUAAGCGUCCUCUUACCUCCUCCACCUGGGUGUUUGUGAGGGUCAUUGGGAAUAGUCAGUAUAAACCCUCCGUCUCUCCCCUGGAGAUCUUCAUUGUCAUGGUAACAGACGACUUCCCAGGUGGCCCUAUUGGUCGGAUCUACGCAACUGACCGAGACCCUAAUGACGUUCUAUCAUUUACCCAGAAGCCUCAACUGAAGAGCAUGUUCAAAAUCAACAGACAGGAUGGCAGCAUUGUGGCUCUGCCAGGACUGGAACCUGGCAGAUACCAGAUGAACGCCACAGUGAGUGACGGACGUUUCGCUGUGAUAGCAGACGUGUCCAUCCAGGUUGAGCAGGUGACAGAUGUGCUGUUGCGCAGUGCCCUGACCUUGCGAUUCAACUCCCUGUCCCCAGAGGACCUGCUCGCUCGUUAUCUAAGCCAGAUCAAACUAAUGUUACGGGGCCUAGCAGGCUGGAAAUGGUCACUAGGGCAACAGGAUCCCCUCCACAUACUCAGUGUCCAGCCAGUGAUGGGGACACCUGAUGUGGACUUGCUCAUGGCCAUGGAGAGGCCAGAGACAUCAGGAAGUGGUGGGAUGGGUGGGUUCUACUCACCCCAGGAGUUUUCCACGAGGCUGGAGGAGGCUGGAGCACAAGGCCAGUUUCGGGGGGUCCUUGCUGGGGCAGUUGUGGUGAGCCAAGCUUGCUCUGGGGAGCUGGAGUGUGGGGACAGGGUGUGUGAGCAGAGUUUGGUGAUGGAGGGUAGCUCUCUGGUCACCUACAGCACAGAGAGGGUCAGCCUGGUGUCACCAAGGUUCAGCCGCACAGAGAUCUGCACUUGCCCGGGAACAUGCCCCACCCCUCUUGAGCUUUGUGAAGGUCAGUCCUGUCCAGCAGACAUGCAGUGUGUUCGUUCUGGUCCUACAGCACCAUCUGUCUGCCAGUGUCAGCCUGACAGGCUAGACGAGUGUGCAGGCCAAACCUCUCUGAGUUUCUCUGGGAACAGUUACAUCAAGUACAGAGUAACAGAGAGUGGCCAGAGCGGAGAGAUGAAGCUUGGCCUGAGGAUCAGAACACUUCAGAGAAGAGGAGUCAUCAUGUUCACACGUGCCAACCCCUGCACCAUGCUCAAGAUUGAGGGCGGUCGACUCUGGUUCCAGUUGGACUGUGACAACACCCUUGGGAUUAUGGGAAUCUCUGGCAGACCAAUAAAUGACGGCCUCUGGCAUGCAGUUGCCUUGGAGCUGACUCGCAACUACACUCUCCUGUCGUUAGAUGACAGCUAUGUGGAGCGCCGCAGAGCAGCCAGAGCUCCUGUCCGCCUGUGGCCACUGGCACCAGAUUCAUCCUUCUUCUUUGGUGCUCAAGUGAGGCCACUGACUGGGCUAGGUGCGAGGCCCAGCGCAGGGCCAGGGAGGAGCCAAGGACCUGGGGAUCGUGGUAUGAGGGGCCCUCCGAGGGCUCAGGAUGGGUUUCAGGGAUGCCUUGGUUCCCUGAUGCUGAACGGUAACGAGCUGCCGCUCCAAAAUAAGAGAAGCCGUUAUGCUGAGAUUGCCGGGCUGAGUGAGGUCAAAUUGGGUUGCGUGCUCUAUCCAGAUCCCUGUGUCAGUCAGCCAUGCCUCAACGGAGCCAUCUGCAGCAGCCUUCCCUCUGGAGGCUUUGUGUGCAGUUGCAGCGCGGGCUUCACUGGGGGGCGCUGUGAAAUCGAACUGACGUCCUGUAUGCCAAACCCAUGCCAGAAUGGCGGGGACUGUAAGCCUGUGGGCAGUGCCUUCCUCUGUGGCUGUCCUAGAGGGCUCGGAGGACUUAUAUGUGAUGAGGAUGUAAAUGAGUGUGACCAGGAGGAGUGUGAGAAUGGGGGAGAGUGUGUCAACACAUUUGGCACAUUCUACUGUAACUGCUCAGAGGGAUUUGAGGGUCAGUUUUGUGGAGAUCUAACCCCUGGAGACAUGGGGGAUGACACACAGGCGGAGCCCCUGUCUUAUGUCGGACCAGGAGAGAUAAUUGGCAUUGGCGUCCUCGCUUUUGUCAUCAUUCUUCUCCUCAUCCUCUUCAUCGCCUUCAGGAAGAAAAUCACCUUCAGGAAAGACUCAGACCCAGGCCCAGGGACUCAGGCCGUGAUGGGCGUCUCAGCCAUAUCCACAGAGGCUAACUACAUGUUGCACAAGACUGGCACAAGGGUGGAAGGGAUUGAAUUUAAAAAUGUGCGUGUGCCAGGGUCACCAGGGGCCACAAGUAGCUACGGUGACGGGGGCGGAGUCACGGGGGGCCCUCCUCAAGUCAUGGUACGUCCCACUACCCACUCACCACUACCUGGAGGACUCUGCAGUGAGGGCAUGAGGGCUGUGGAUGGUGACAAGACCUCCUCUUGUGAAAGGAGUCAGUUGAGCAGCUUCCUGUCAGACAUGUCUCAUGUCCGGAGCGGGGCUGGAAGGAGAGGCAUUGCAGUGUGCAGCGUGGCACCCAACCUCCCAUCAGCAUCGCCCUGUCGCUCAGAACACAGCCCCUCCCACAAAGUGUCCUGGGAGGGGGAGGGAGCCAGGCAAGAUGGGCAGGAGAGAGCCAGAGAUGAGAGAGAGGAGGAAUGGGAGCAAAGAGCUUACGAGCUGGAGAGAACACAGAGAGCUAACAGUCCACAGGUGGAGGUGUCUGACCUGGUGGAGGAGGUGACAUGUUUCUCAGACACCACCUCUGAGGCUCACUCCCUCAGCUCCUACACAUCAGAGUCUUUUGAUGACAACGCCUCCAUAGUGACAGUCAUACGUCUAGUCAAUGAUGCUGUUGAUAAUAUUGAAAGUGAAGUGUCAAACAUGGGCAGAGAGCAGUGUUGCAACAGCCCCGCAAAUCGCCACCUGCGGAGCAAAGAUGAGAUUUGUGUAGAGUUCGUCAAAGAGUACAUUGUGGAUUCAUACCACUGGGAGUCCUCCAGUCAGUCUUCUAGCUGGUUGUCACCAUCACGUCUGCGGCCCCCAGAGGUGGGGUCCCAUUACGACCUCAGCGACACCCAGCAGUCCAUCAGACGGGGAGGUAGCACACGCUCCCUCCAGCUGGACUACAGAGUGACAAGCUAUGGCGGGGACAAAGGCCAAGAGCGAGGUCAUGAGGCCGGGAAGCGGACCUUCCAAUGGGAGAGGAACCAGUCCGGCGAGUGGGUAAAGAGGCACACACCGGACAGAGAUGAAAAGAGAAAGCACGUCGGGCAGCAAAACAACAAGAAAAGCAAAGACACGGGGGCACGUGAAGACCACAGAGAGCACCAGAAGGCACAAGAGUAUGACAGCUGUGAAGACAGCUCCUCGCCCGUGUACGAGGAGUACCGAGAGCCCAGCCAGGACACACAGCCAAACCAAGAUCCGGAAAGCCUUUAUGACACUUUGCCCCCAACCCGCCGAGCCUACGAGGGAUACCCAUCCAGCCCCCCGGGCCUCAACCUGCACCCGGCCCAGCUGCUGCCUCCAUUGCGGGCUUGGGAUGGACAAACUGAAGGAUGGAGAGGAUCAGAGGAGGAUCAUGGAGGCUCUAGUGGUCUUGGGGGGUCCGGGGAUGAGCUGGAGAGACUCCUGAACCUGGUGUCUCUCCGGGCCAGAAGAGCCACACGGAUAAACCGAGCCUCCACUGGAUCUGAACCCACAGCAGGCUGGGACGGAUUUUAAUCACCAGACAGUUUAAAACAAUUCAAUAUGUAUUUAUACUCUCAUUUAAGAGAAAGAAUGACCCUCUCUGGUUAUACUUGACAUUUAUAAUACUAGACAUUUGUCCAGCAUCUAAAAAAUAUUCAAAGAGAACACUACCAUCUGUAAUUUUAUUAUUACACAUUAUUACCCCACUGGAAACAAGUAUUAAUCCACCACCAAACCACUGGCUUAUUUAUAGGAUAGGUGAAUAAGAAGAAAUACAUGUGUUCUGCCUCUACCUGUGCUGCAUGAGAGUGAGCUGAGCCUGGCUGUGAAUAAACGCUAUAACAUUUAUUAUUACUGAAACC